AUAACUUUUUCCAAGAAUGACGUGUCUUAGAAUAGAAAUCUGACGUGUAUUAACGUCAAGAGUCAACCCAUUAAGAGAAGGUUAAUUUCAAUCUUUGUACCAUUUUGGCGUCCUGUUUUUGUGGUUUCGUCUCUCGGAUUGGAAAGACUGAAUUGUGGACAGAAAAACAACAGAAAUGGCCCAAUACCAGCAACAGAAUCAACAGUUCCUCUGGGAUAUUUUUCAAAAGGUUGACAAGGACCGGAGUGGAAAUAUAUCUUCAACAGAACUUCAACAGGCUCUUUCCAACGGCACGUGGGCUCCUUUCAAUCCGGAGACAGUCAGGCUUAUGAUAGGUAUGUUUGAUAAACAUAAGAAAGGAACGAUUAACUUUGAAGAUUUCGGUGCACUGUGGCGUUAUGUCACUGACUGGCAGAAUUGCUUCCGUUCUUUUGAUCGAGAUGGAUCUGGCAACAUAGAUAAAAGCGAGCUAACGUCUGCCCUCAACACUUUUGGCUACCGUCUUUCAGUCGCUACUGUUGACACGAUAGUAGCCAAAUUUGACAGGUUCGGUAAAGGUACAAUCCUCUUCGACGAUUUUAUUCAGUGCUGUGUGCUUUUACAUACGCUGACUGAUUCUUUUAAAAAAUACGACACAGAUAUGGAUGGUAUUAUUCAACUACAUUAUGAACAAUUUGUGGAAAUGGUCUUCAGUAUAAAAUCGUAGUAGGAUAAUUGCUCAGUCUUGUUUCAAAACAUUACAGCAUUCAACAAAAUUGAAGAAGAAGAUACUUUUUCUACUUAUUUUUCACAUUCCCCUGUAUUAUAUACUCCUGAGAUGAACAAAAAUAAACUUGUUAUAUUUUAUUUUUGAA